AUGUUUCAAUCGAUUCGUCAAUUUAUAACUUUCUUCCUUAAAAUAUCUUUAUAUUUUCACGUAAUCAUGAUCCACAAGUUAAUUGAGAUUUUAACAAGAACAAGAUUGAAGAAUGAACACCAUCUCUAUGCGUUUCUUGUGCUUGCGUUAUUUUCUAUAACAUCUCUUAUUCUGUUACUACACUACGGAGAAAUGCCACAGACUUUACCUGACAGACACACCUCGUACCAUAAAGUAGAAGAAAAGCUGCAAAAGAGUAUUUUAGAGGAGACAGAGGUCGGAUGUAAGUUUCCAGUUAUAGACCCCUUCGCUGCUGAGAUGAUGAAGUUCAACAAGGAUAUACCAAAAAUCAAAUGCGAGAGCGGCGAUUGGGUGCAGUGUGAAAUGUCAAAAUGUUACGUGAAAUCAGACAUACUGAAGACAAUGAACAACGUUGUUUGUGUGUACAAGGAUAUUAUAUAUAUAGAUGACAAUAACUACAAGCUCGGUGAGCCGGUGCGGCUGUCAAGUGACAGACAUUACUACCUCAACGCGAGUGAUCAUGUCAAAGUGUCCUGCUCUGGUACACCGGUUGAUAGGUUCAAUAUAUUCUCAACGCGAUGGUACGGCUACAAGGCGGGUCUGCGCCCGGUGCAGCUGCCCCCCGCGCCCCCCUCACCCGCCGCGCCCGCGUGA